AAUUAAUUAAGCAACUCUAAUACAUGAAAGCUAAUCGCUUUAUAAUCCAUAAUCCUACAAUCGAAUCUUAUCAACUAGAAGAGUAUUACAAUCACUUUAAAAGAAUGGAAGAGAUUGAUAAGGACAAAAUCAACAUCUAUAAAUCAAUUGAAUAAAAUAAAAGUGCCACUAAUUCUCGAUUUUAGAUGCUUCAACACACAUCCAAAUUUAAUAAAUAACAAUAAUAAAAUGCAUAAGAUAAAUUACAAAAAGUAUUUCUUUCCUUAAAUGUAUAAGUUAUUGGAUGACAAAAUCGAAAGAAUCAAGUUAAGAGAUAAUCCCUAUGUCAAUCUUAAUCGAUAUAGAGGCAUCUCUCAAACAGAUCUUAAAAGUCCCAAUAACACUUUUAACAGUUCCUUAGAAAAUAUGAAUUUGAUCAAAAAAUUGCAAACCCUCAAACCAAAUAUCUCAAAGAAAAAUCUUGAUGUCCAUUAUGAAAAAUAAAGAGAAUAUGGCAAUAGAUUGCGAAAAUUACCUAAACUCUAAGAUGUUGAUAAAAAACUUCAUUAUCUGUUCUGA